CUGUAGCCCCGCCCCUUUCCUCUGUCUCCGUCCUGUUUCGUGUAGCGUCUCUCCAUGGUAACGUCAGAGCGGCACGAGCUGCGGCUCAGACUCGCACAAUAGCACAUAUGAAGGGCUUCUGACCUCUGUGACCUGUCUUCAGUUCAGCAACAAGAUAUUUUUCAGGAUGAAUUUGGCUGAGAUUUGUGACAAUACUAAAAAGGGAAGGGAAUAUGCAUUGCUUGGGAACUAUGACUCUUCUAUGGUGUACUACCAGGGCGUUCUACAACAGAUCCAAAAGCACUGUCAGUCUCUUAGAGAUCCUGCACUAAAGGUCAAAUGGCAGCAGGUUAGACAGGAGCUGGUGGAGGAAUAUGAACAGGUAAGAAGCAUUGUAAACACUCUGGAGAGUUUCAAGACGGAUAAGCCAGUUGAUCUUCCCAGUACUCGACCGGAGGACUACAUGAGGGACCCUGCUGUGUGGCCACCUCCCACCCCUGCGGAACACAGACCACCUGCUCAGGUGAAGAGGCCAACCACUGGUGUGAAGCCCCAGCGUAAAGACAGUCCUGGCAUGCAGCAACAGCACCGUGGCGCUGCAGGAAAGGGCCAGCCAAGUUCUAAAUCAGACAGACCUACCGGCCGCGACCCCCGCAAUCCUAAAGUUAAAGAAGAGAAGGGUAAGAAUGCCCAGGAGGGGGCAAUAGAAGGAGAAUUAAAGAAAUUUGAUGAUACAGGUUACGACAGUGACUUGGUUAAUGUUUUGGAGAGAGACAUCGUGUCAAGAAAUCCUAAUGUCCACUGGAACGAUAUAGCAGACCUGGAGGAUGCUAAGAAACUGCUUCGGGAAGCUGUGGUUUUGCCAAUGUGGAUGCCAGAUUUCUUCAGAGGAAUCCGGCGCCCGUGGAAGGGUGUACUGAUGGUUGGACCUCCAGGUACAGGCAAGACCAUGCUGGCUAAAGCUGUAGCUACCGAGUGUGGUACCACUUUCUUCAACAUAUCAUCCUCCACACUUACCUCCAAGUACCGGGGAGAGUCCGAGAAACUCGUUCGGCUGCUCUUUGAAAUGGCUCGAUUUUAUGCCCCUACCACUAUAUUCAUUGAUGAAAUUGACUCUAUUUGCGGGAGACGCGGCACAUCAGAUGAACACGAAGCAAGUCGCAGAGUGAAGUCUGAGCUUUUGGUGCAAAUGGAUGGUGUAGGUGGUGCAACAGAAAAUGAUGACCCCUCUAAAAUGGUGAUGGUUCUGGCUGCUACAAACUUUCCAUGGGACAUAGACGAAGCCCUGAGGAGGAGGCUGGAAAAGAGGAUCUAUAUUCCUCUGCCCACUGUAAAAGGGCGAGUGGACCUGCUCAGGAUUAGCCUGAGGGAGGUGGAAGUGUCUCCUGAUGUUGACUUGGCCGUCAUUGCUGAGAAGAUGGAGGACUACUCUGGUGCUGACAUCACCAACAUUUGCAGAGAUGCAUCCAUGAUGGCAAUGCGUCGGAGGAUUCAAGGCUUGAGCCCAGAAGAGAUUCGAGCGCUAUCCAAAGACGAGUUGCAGAUGCCUGUCACUAUGGAGGACUUUGAAAUUGCACUCAGAAAGAUCUCCAAGUCUGUUUCUGCUGCCGACCUGAAAAAAUAUGAGGCAUGGAUGAGUGAAUUUGGCUCUGUUUAAUUAGAAAGACUGCACAGCAAGGAAGCGAGGGAUGACCAUCUGAGACUUCAUAAACGUUUUGUGUGCAACAAUGCAACUUGAACUGUUUCAUACACAGAAACCUAAAAUUCUAUAUAUACUGUCCAACAAAGUCUAUAUACUGCACCAAGUACAGCAACACUGAUGCUGUUUUUUUUUUUUUUGAGACUUUCAGUUCUUAAAGAUGCAUUAUUGCUCAGUGUGCUGUAAGUGUUGAGCCAAUUUUAUGUAUAACUACUGACGUUUAUAAUUUACUUUCAUGAUUCCGUUGUAAUUGAGUCAUUGUUUGCUUUCUUUGUCAUUCAUUACAUAUCUUUAAUUUAGCUAAAGUAGACAAGAUAAAGCAUUGGUACUAUUAGGUUGUUUUCUUUACUAACUGUUAACUUUACUAACUGUCAUAAUACAUUGUUUACUUUUACAGUACAAUGUAUCCUUUAUUGUGUACUUCCGAUACUAGCUACAGAAAGUAAGUGUAAUGACUGUCCUUUGACGUACUUUAUAGACAUUACACAAAAGGUCUGAAGUCCAACACCAGGCGUGACGCGGGAACACACCCCAGACAGGAACCAGUCAGCGCAGGGCACCAAGGAGGAGGCAGGGGUUUUAUCGCCCCCCCAUAAAAAUCUGAAGGGCCACCCCAGUUGACCUCCAGCUCAAAGAUUGCAUUUGAUUGUUUUUUUCAGUCGCCAGUCACAACUUCCAUACUUCAGCACAAUAACUGACGGUAUUGCAGUACAUUAGAAAAACACCAAAUACACCAAAUACAAUACUCAUCCUCCACCUCGCUGGUGCCGUGCUCGAACUGAUACUCUGUGCCCGUUAGUGAUCCACCCAUCUGGUCCACCUAGAGUCACUCUCAUUUCAUCUGUCCAUAAAUCUUGAGAAAUCGGUCUUCAGAUAUUUCUUGGCCCAGUCAUGACGCUUCAGCUUGUGAGUCUUAUUCAGUGGUGGUCGUGUUUCAGCCUUCCUUACCUUAGCCAUGUCUCUGAGCACUUGACACCUUGUACUUCUGGACAAUCCUGAAAGUUCUGAAAUAUGGUGACACUGGAGGCUAGCAGGUUAUUCUUCUUAAGUCUUUUGCAGUAAACUUUCUUCUCCACACAUUUUUUGCAACCCUGUUCGGGUCAAAUACAUGUUAGAAGCUGUUGUAACAUGAAUUUGUCUUUUUUUGUUCAUUGAGUAAGUGUUGUAAUGAUGUGCUGAUAAUGAUGUUUUAUUUACAGAAAUUUCAGUGAUGAUGUAAAGACAAUCACAAUAUGUGCUCAUGAAACAAAAACCAAAGCAGGCUUUAAUUAAUGUGAUUCUUUAUCACAUGACAGGGAAGCUCAUUUACACUAAAAAAUAUUGACACCUUUACUUUAAAACCUUGUAUGUUUAGGGUUAGGGUUAGUCAUAUGCCUGCACUCGUGUUCUUUUUAAAGCCACGCCUACUCUCUGUGUGGCGAUAUAAAAUACACAGUAACAGAAGGUUGAUUUCAGAGAAAACAAAAGCCAAAAUCUCCUGUGAUUCCUGCACUGGAAGAAAACGCAAAGCCAUUAAUUCCUGUCUGGUGUGUCUGGCCUCCUAUUGUGAAGAUCAUCUUCAACCUCACUAUCAGUCUCCUGCCUUUAAGAAGCACAAGUUAGUUGAAGCCUGUGCAGAGCGCAAAGAGAAGAUCUGCUCUCAGCACGACAAACUGAUCGACAUCAUCUGUCAUACUGACUAAAGCUUCAUCUG